AUGUGCGAGGAGCACCUCGAUGAGCCAAUCAUCGGGCAGCGGUGGAGAGACGUGUACGUCCUUUCCUACCGAGGUAAGGUUAUUGGCAACCGGGAAGGUAUUGGGAAGGGAAUUGCGUACGCCUUCCGGGAGAAGAGGAGGCUUAGCCCGACUGGAGAGGUUGCUCUCACCAGUCCUGAUAAAACGCCAAGAUGUGCUCUUCUUCCUCUAACCUCCAUUACCACCCACCAGAGGUCUUUCAAAAUGCCCACAAUACCGCCAAUAUACCUCCGUGCAACGACCCUCGCCGCCGUUGUUGCUGUCGGCGUCGAGCCUAGGAUGGGUGUCAUGGGCGCUAUCCUCCUUGUCUCGCUUUUCGCUGUGUCAUUCCCGACUAUAUCAAAGCAGGUCCCAUCGUUGCGGAUACCAGGGAUCUUGUUCUUCAUCGGGAAGCACUUUGGGACCGGCGUCAUCCUCGCGACCGCCUUCAUCCACCUCCUCGACGAUGCGUUUCGAUCGUUGCAGAAUCCGGUGCUAGAGAGGUGGUAUGGGAAGGUAGGCAAGUGGACGGGAUUGAUUAUUCUUACGUCGUUGUUGUCCAUCUUUCUCGUCGAAUAUGUCUCGACGACGUACGUCGAGCACCUGCAAGACAAGCCCUCAGCUCCACCGACUCCUGUCGACACACCGCCGACGUCACCAAAGCCCCGCACGCGGAGCAUAUCGCGGACAAGACGACGGUCAAGGUCAAGGCCGCUCUCACCCGGAUCUCCACCGCGAUCGCCCAGGUUCCCUACGCUACCCCCAAGCAUGGCUGCGACAGAGAGCACACCGCUGCUCAUCGCAGCACAGCCCGUACCAUCCGGACCGAAACGCAGCGCCUCCCUCCACUUUCACCCUGCGCAUACCUUCCCUGUUCAUCAUCAUCACCACCACCACCUACACCAUGUCUUCGCCCAGGCCAAGGCUGUCGUAGGGCUUCCCCUUGAGGUCCUGGCGGGCUCGCCGAGAAUCUGUCGGCUUGGGCUGGCACAAGGCCGUACUCGUACGCAUGGACGAGAUUGUCAGCAUGUGCUGGGCCCUGAUUCGGAUUCGGAGUCGAGCGAAGAGAGUGGAUUGGACGAGGUCGAAGGAAGUCGCGGGCGCCGUCACAGCCAUGAGGAACGUCAGCACCACCAUCGUCCGGUCGUAGGGCGGCGACGACAGAUUGUUGGCGUACUUGUCCUCCAACUUGGCAUCAUGAUCCACUCACUCGUUAUCGGCCUCACGCUCGCUGUCACCUCAGGAUCCGACUUCACAUCUUUGACGACGGCGAUCAUCUUCCACCAGCUGUUCGAGGGUCUAUCGUUGGGUAUUCGGAUAGCGGCCCUGCCACCUUCAACAUCGAAGCACGGGCACGGGCAUAGUCACGAGCAUGAGCGUGAACAUCACUACCGCCACUCGGGACACGACUUGGAGGACGUAGAGGAGGAACCAAGAGGUCGAAGUGCGUCCUCAGGCUCGGACCGUGAGGAGGCUAGGAAAGCUAGGGCAGCUCGAGAGCAGCUGGCUGUCAAUGGAGGCACACUUGUGCAUUCGCCGACGCAGGAAGAAAGCUCUUCGCCUCGCUCGCCUCUCCUUGGUGCCAGCACGAAGACAAGACCGCGUCCACCUAGGGAACCCCUACCUUCAAAUACGGGGUUCUGGGCCGCUCUGAAGAGGGUGCUCGACGUGAGAUGCUGGGGAAUCUGGCAGAAGGACAUCCACUGGCUACAGCCGACACUGUCGCUGCUAUUCGCAGUUACGACACCAUUUGGAAUGGGAGUUGGGAUGAUGCUCUGGGGUGGAGAGAAAGGGAAGAGCGACGAAGCCCAAAUGCUCCUUAUCCAAGGAGUGAUGUCCGCCAUCUCGGCGGGCCUGCUGAUCUACGCCGCAACCGUUGAGAUGAUCGCGGGCGACUUCGUCUACGGCGACGUCGACGGGCAUAGUCAUCAUCAUCACGGGCAUGGAGGGCCUGUGGACUCGCAACAUGUUCACCAUCAUCACCACUCGCACGACUCGAGUGUAGACUCCAUGCCAGGAGAUGUCGAGUCUCUACCUUCGCCCAGCGGACCGGCGCCGCCGCCGGUCCUGGAGAAGAAGGCGGAAUCGACGAUGAUGAAGCGGGCGUUGGCUGUGGCCAGCUUAUUCGCCGGCGCGACGAUGAUGGUACUGGUGGGGCUAGGAGAGUAG